AGGAUGGGGCCAAUUAGUAGCGCAGCUAGCGCUUGACAGCUAAUAAUCCUUCGUCAUACUUAACAGUUAAUCUCCGCUAAUGUUCCCCACACUGUUCAUCAGUAGCGGAAGAAUUUCUACAUCAGAAAUCAGAUUCAUACCCACCAAAAUACACCGCCCCCAUCCCUCUUCUCUCUCACACUCCCCAUAAAAGCGCAGUCUCUGUUUUCUUGUUCAAAUGUAGUGAAACAGACGCUUCAAUUUGGACCAACACGUUUGCUCUACGUAAAUCUGAGCCUCCCCAGAAAAGGAGAAAAAAAAACACACACACACACACACUCUUAUGUAUGUAUAGAUAUAUACUGUAUUAUAUGUACUGUUUAUUUAUACAUACAUAUAUAUAUACGGUAUAUACAUUAAUAUAAUAAUCGAUGACGACGAGCUUUAACAGUCCGUCGAGAAGCCCGGCCAGUAGUAGGAUACAAUUGGGCGGAGGUGGCAGUGCUUCCAGGCUUAGAUCUUCAUCGCUGAAGAAGCCGCCGGAGCCCCUCCGCCGAGCCGUUGCCGACUGUUUAUCGUCUUCGGCUCCGUCCAACCAUGGGAGCUUCUCUGCAGCCGCCUCCGAAGCUUUACGGACUCUUCGGGAUUACUUGGCAGCAAACUCAACAACUGACUUGGCUUAUGGUGUGCUUUUAGAACAUACACUUGCAGAAAGAGAACGCAGUCCAGCGGUGGUUGCAAGGUGUGUGUCACUUUUGAAGCGAUAUCUUUUGAGAUAUAAACCUAGUGAGGAGACAUUGCAGCACAUAGAUCGGUUUUGCAUUAGCAUAAUUGCUGAGUGCAAUUUGAACCCAAACCAUAAAUUGGCAGCCCACUCUCAUUCUUUAAACCUGCAAUCUGCAGCGCCCACUACAUCCACAAAUGUUUCUCCUUUGCCUGUAUCAAGUUUUGCAUCAGGAGCACUGGUGAAGUCACUGAGCUAUGUUCGCUCUUUAGUGGCUCAAUACAUCCCAAGACGGUCCUUCCAGCCUGCAGCUUUUGCUGGAGCACCAACUGCCUCAAGACAGUCACUUCCAACUUUGUCAUCUUUAUUGAGUAAAUCUUUUAAUUCCCAGUUAAGUCCAGUAAAUUCUAAAGAAGCUUCUGAAAAGAAAGAAGCUUCUGCAUUAUCGGUUUCAGACUCAGCAAUUCCUGAAGAAGUUGAUGUAUCUGAAGACUACGAAUACAUAGCCCUUGACAUUUUUAAAUGGCGCUGGUGUAGAGAUCAACAGUCGUCACUUCUUUCACCUAAAAGUGAUCAUGUUUUGAAACCCCAAGAUGUCAGCACACAUAAUUUUCUGGAAGUAGGUGCUGCAGCCCUUCUUGUAGGGGACUUGGAAGCUAAAAUGCAGGGCAAACCAUGGGGAGCUUUUGGGACUGCUGAUAUGCCAUAUCUUGAUCAACUUUUACAGCCUUCUUUGCUUACAACUGUCACCAAUUCUGCUGCUGCUCGAGCGCACUUAAAAGCAAUAACAGCCUUAAAACGCUCUAAACCAGGACCUCAACAAAUCUGGGAAGAUUCGCCCAUAAGUAUGUUCCGUCCACGUGCAAAACCGCUUUUCCAGUACAGGCACUACAGCGAACAACAGCCUUUGCGUCUGAAUGCGGCAGAGGUAUGCGAGGUUAUAGCUGCAGUUUGCACCGAGACACGUUCUCCAAAUGCUAAUUUCAUGACAGUCUCAUCUAAAUUAAGUAAUAACAGUGGAAAGCCAUCAAUGGAUGUGGCAGUGAGCGUGCUUGUCAAACUCGUGAUUGACAUGUAUGUUUUGGAUUCUGAGACCGCUGGUCCACUCACUCUAUUUAUGCUUGAGGAAAUGCUAAAUUCUCCAAGGCUGGUAUCAAAAACUCGGGCUUUUGAUUUAAUUCUGAACCUAGGUGUUCAUGCGCAUCUACUGGAGCCUCCACCGCAGGAUGAGGACUCCCCAGUUGACGAAGAGUAUUCUCAGGAACAAAUUUUGGACAAUGAAAUGCCACCUUCCUCAGAGGCAACGAGAAAGAUGGAUUAUUUUAAGAAAAUGGGAAAUUGCUCAGCUGUUGACAAAUUUGAAUGCUGGAUUUUAGGCAUUCUCUCUGAGGUCCUUCUUCAUCUUGUGCAGGUAGAAGAGAAGGAAGAAUCUAUCUGGGCUUCUGCGUUAAGCUGUUUAUUGUAUUUUGUCUGUGAUAGAGGCAAAAUCCGCAGGAGCAGAUUGAAAGCACUUGACAUAAGAGUUAUCAAGGUUUUGUUGACAAUAAGCCGGCUAAAUUGUUGGGCAGAAGUAGUUCGAAGCAAGCUUAUCUGCAUGUUGACAAACAUGUUUUAUGAAGUUCCAGAUGGUUCUAUUAAUUCUGCUUCAGCUACCCCUAUGUUUUUUACUGAGCAAAUUGAUCUGAUUGGAGGAAUUGAAUUUAUUUUUGUUGAGUUAGUGCUUUCAAACUCCAGAGAUGCACGGAGAAAUUUGUACCUGGUGCUCUUUGACUACGUCUUACAUCAAAUAAAUGAGAAGUGUAUUGCAACUGGGGAGUCUGAAUACAAUGAUGAAGAGGUCCAACCAAUUGCUAACUUGCUUAUGCUUGCCGAUGCCCCUGAAGCUUUACAUAUUUCUGUUAAGCUUGGAGUUGAUGGCAUUAUAGAGCUUUUGAGGAGAUCAGUUUCUACUGCAUUGUCGAGAUAUCCCAAUAGCGAUCGCCUUAUUGUGCUUAUGGAGAAAAUUGUUGAGAAGUUUGAUGCACUUAUAAGUUCAUUUACUCGUGUGGACAAAGAGUUUGCACACAUGAUAAAGACAGCUAAAUCUUGUAAGUUUCUGGAAAGUAUUGAAAGAUAUCGGAGAAACAGCUUGAGCAUGAAGGCAAAGCUGUCUUGGGCCACUUUACAUUCUCUUCUUCAUUCUGAAAGAAAUUUGUAUCGCCACCAUGGUUAUUUGUGGUUGGGGGAUUUACUAAUAGCAGAAAUCAGUGAGGGAGGUGAUACAAGUAUUUGGUCAAGAAUUAAAAAUUUGGAGCAGAAAAUUGCCCUUGCUGGUGUUAAUGAUUAUUCAGCUGCUUUGGAUGUACCACUGCAUAUAUGGCUUUUCUGUGGACUUCUAAGAUCCAAGAAUAGUUUCAUCCGGUGGGGCUUUCUAUACAUCCUUGAGAGGCUUCUUAUGCGAAGUAAAUUUCUUUUAGAUGAGAGUGAAGUCCAUCAUGCGAUCAAUGUUGAAGCUUCUGGAUAUAUAAAUGACAAGAGUCGUCUUGAGAAAGCAAAUGCAGUUAUAGAUAUUAUGAGCAGUGCUUUGUCUUUGAUGGCUCAGAUAAAUGAAACUGAUCAUAUGAACAUACUGAAGAUGUGUGACAUUCUGUUUUCUCAAUUAUGCCUGAAAGUUCUACCUACAAGUGCAAUCCCACUAGGAGAUGUCAUGCUUGGAAAUAGAGAUUCUAGUGUAGAUUGGAACAAGAAAGCUGAUUCAGAACAUUUCACUCGAAAUGAGAGUCACAGCUGGGAUGAGACCUUUGGCGAUACUACUAGCACAUUUAACCCAAGCAAAGAUCCCUUGGUUGGAGAGACUGCAUCCAUGGCAGCACUACUCCUUCAUGGGCAGGCCAUUGUUCCUAUGCAAUUGGUUGCACGUGUUCCUGCUGCAUUGUUUUAUUGGCCUCUUAUCCAACUUGCAGCUUCUGCAACAGAUAAUAUUGCUUUGGGCGUUUCUGUGGGUAGCAAAGGAAGAGGAAAUGUACCUGGUGCUACCUCAGACAUUAGAGCUACGCUUCUCUUACUUUUAAUUGGCAAAUGUACUGCAGAUCCUGCAGCUUUUAAGGAAUUUGGUGGAGAGCAGUUUUUUAGGGUGUUGUUAGAUGAUACGGAUUCUAGAGUGGCAUAUUAUUCUUCAACUUUUCUUCUGAAGAGAAUGAUGACGGAAGAACCAGAAAAUUAUCAAAGAAUGCUACAUAGUCUCGUUUCAAGAGCUCAACAGAGUAACAAUGAAAAGCUGUUAGAGAAUCCCUACCUCCAGAUGCGAGGCUUACUUCAGCUUUCAAAUGAAUGACUUUGGUGCUUAUCCACCACCUUCUGUUGCUAUCAUCAGAAAGUGAAUUUUAUCGCUCCUGAUGAUCACAAAGUUUAAUUGUGGGUAUAGCUGCUAAAUAUUUAAUGGCUUGACUAUUGGAUGCCUACAUUUUUGUUUUGCAUCAAACAGUUGAAGAUGUGUAUUUGUUCCUUUACCUGGCCAAAGUAUGACAUCCAAGAGAAUGGGUGCUGAAGUUAAUUCAUACUCUAGCAUACUUGCUCUUUGUGUGCUUCAAGAAAAUUUGUGUUGCAAGUUACAAGGAAAUUCAUGACUAGCUUCUUCAUCAGGAUCAUGUUGCGGACUUCUGGAAAUAUCUUCGGCUUAUUAAAUUUGUGAUGCUUCAUGUUGUGUGUGGAUAAGUGCUCAAAUUGCACAUCCAAGAUUAUCCAGCUCAAAGAGUGAAGGACAUGAAUUGAUUACAUGGCCACUGCAUUUGGAUCUUUUUCAGAAACAGUUAUUGGCAAGAAUUGAGUGUGGAAUUUUUGCUAGAUGUGCUGCACGGUGGCAAGAAUUUUUUUGGAUUGAAUUGAUAAUAUGGAGAUACUCGCUUCAGUACAUUGAAAUGCUUCGUGUGAUUGCACUCGUGGAUUAGGUUUCAUUUGAUGGCCACCUGGUAAAUAUAUACUGUGGUUUAGAUCUCUCAAUUGCUGCACUUAUCACAUAUGAGGUUGCUUGGUAUGUAUUUUUGGAGAUGAUUGAUAGUUCUUAUUAUUCUUAGCUUUGUAAAUAUGUGGUUUUGAUUUGUCAUGUUCAUCCCCCGAUAUUAUGAAAACGGGUGGAAGGAUCAUGUUGCGAUAGUUGUAAGAUAGCUGUCGAGAAAUUUUGCCAUCCUAACAUGUAAAUGGUGAAAUCCUAGAGGGCAAUGUAAUAUCUUAUAUAUUCUAUUUGGAACUGUUCAAAGCUGCUAUCAUCAAUUCAAUAACAAGGAAUAGAAAGUUCUUGACUGAA